CGACAACAAACUGUGGGAAUAAACUGAAUGAGCACCGCAUGCAGCGAAAACAGGAACUUUUCGAAAAGCAGAUUACUUCUGAAGAACUGUUGGACUUGGACUCAAAGACACCGUCCAUGACGAUGCCGGUGGUCAAAGUGGAGAAAGACACUGCAGCAGACACUUUGUCUGACUUCAACCCUCCACCACAGACAGAGGAGCAGCCCAGAGGUCGGAAGAGAAAGAGACCUCUCCAGCGAGGGAAACCCCCUUACAGCUACAUCGCUCUCAUUUCCAUGGCCAUAGCAAACUCCCCGGAUCGAAAACUGACCCUGGGGGGCAUCUACAAAUUCAUCACUGAGCGUUUCCCCUUUUACAGAGAAAAUUCAAAGAAAUGGCAGAACUCCAUCCGCCACAACUUGACACUCAAUGAUUGUUUUAUCAAGAUCCCACGGGAGCCAGGGAGGCCAGGAAAGGGCAACUACUGGGCUUUAGAUCCAAACGCAGAGGACAUGUUCGAGAGCGGCAGCUUCCUGAGGCGGCGAAAGAGGUUUAAGCGCUGUGACUUGACCACCUACACUUCAUUUAUGCAGGAGACACCAGUUUUCUCUCCUGUCCAAAUUGCCAGGUCAGCUGCAUAUAGCAGCUCAGUCUACUCCAACAUGACCGUCAGUCCGACCUAUGGGCAGCAGCUACCAUCUGCCUACUACCCCUCCUCAUCACCUCCUGGUUUCGGACCAGGCCAGACCCGCAUGUUCAGCAUCAAUAACCUCAUGGGACACCCGACUCCAGUGAGCAUUCUGGGAGGUCAAGGGGCAGAGGGGAUGCAGCAGCCCAGUCGGAGCUUCAGUCCUGAGGGGCUUCCGAACGGAUCCAGUCCCUGCAGCCUGGGAGCCCCAGCCUUCCAGAGCCAAGCAUGCGGAGGACCCGGGCCGCCCCGCUCCUCUACACAUCCCGGGUUCACGUACUCUGGGCCAAGCAUCCACCCACACCACCAUGGACACCAAGGCUCAUAUGUACAGGGCCAUUCCCAGGGCUAUGCAGCAACAGGACGUCUCCAUGCCUCAGCCCACGGACCUUCAGAGUCCAUGGAGCAUUACGGGAGGAUCUCCCCGGUGCAGCUGGGUUCCUUCUCCCAGUAUAACAGUGCUGCAGGUCCCAUCGGCAACAGCGGGGCUUACCUGAGACACCCCACAUACCCAGGGAAUAUAGACAGGUUUGUGUCUGCUAUCUGAGAUCAUGAGAACGUAGAUUCCAGCAUCUCACUACCUUCUUCUCAGAGACUAGAGACAGCAGCAAGUGAGCCAGACAUUUCUGCACACAAACAGGAAUGUUUUUUCUUUGUUUAUGACAUUUUUUAAUAGACUAAAGUGGUCAGACUGAAUACAGACACUGCUCCUGACACAGCUGUGAUUCAUACCAUUAAAGCUACAAUCCAUGUUUCAGUACUGAGGGGAAUUUACUUAAAGGUCAAGCUUCAAAUCUGGUUUUAAAAUGUCACGGGUUCU